GCUCCGGUCGCCCAUAGAGACGGAGGAGUCCCGAGUUGUGAGGGCGGCGGCGGCGGCGGCCGAAGCGGGGACGACAGAAGCCAAGGAAGGGUUUCUCGGCGCCCGCCUGGCCACGGACGAUUUGCCAAGGCCAAGAACAAUUGUAAGCAGAACAAGACUUGGAAGACAGAUCACCUGAUUCCCAGUUGGUGCUGUAAUUGCAAGACUGUUCCCGUCCUUCAUACCAGAAGCACUUGAAAGAGCUCACUGAAAAUGUCUAGCAAAACCUCCGGCACAACAAACAUAGCUCAGGCCAGAAGAACUGUUCAGCAGUUGAGAAUAGAAGCAUCUAUAGAAAGAAUAAAGGUAUCCAAGGCAUCAGCAGAUCUAAUGUGCUAUUGUGAGGAGCAUGCUAGGAAGGAUCCUUUACUAAUGGGUAUACCUGCUUCGGAAAACCCCUUCAAGGAUAAAAAGACCUGUACAAUCCUAUAGGCAAAGUAGCAAGAUGCCUUGAAGACCCUCCCUGUGAAACCAACCAAGCAGUUUCUUAGAGAAGUAACCUGAAGAUCAAGUGGUACCAACUGCAUAAA